AUGGUCAUUCAUUUACAGAUAAAUUGUAUGGACAUGAAAAAUAUUCAGUUAGCACCCACAGCUCCUCCCCCUCCUAUGGUUAUUAUGACACUAAAUCCAAGAAUUGUUUAUAAUAAAAAGACAAAACAAAAUGAAAUUUUAAUGAUUACUUGUAUGAUACAUUCAAAUUUCCCUAUUGAUCAAGCACCACCUACUCCUCAUCACAACCAAUUCUUUUGUGCUUUUACUCGACCUAUCAAUAUUCCAUGGCCACCACGUUAUCAAGAAGAAUUUAAAAAAUGUGGUGAUCCAACUAAUAUAGUAAAAAUGGAUUCAGAAAGAGCAUUAUUAACUUAUUUUUUAGCUAAGAUGUCUAAAGUUGACCCCGAUAUUAUUAUUGGACAUGAUAUUUGUAGUUAUAUAUUAGCAUCACUUGUGAAUCGCUUAGAAAGUAAUAAAAUACAAAAUUGGUCUAAAAUUGGUCGUCUUCGUAGAACAAUGUUUCCUAAAAAAGGAAAAUUCAUAAGCGAAAAAAAUAUUCUUAGUGGACGUUUAAUUUGUGACACUCAAAUUUCUGCUAAAGAAUUGAUUAGAGCAAGAAGUUAUGAUUUAUAUACUUUAUGUGAACAAAUUUUGAAUGUUAAAGAAAAUCAACAGUUAAAUUUAUCUGACGAAGAAGUUAGUUAUAUGUAUUGUUCUGCUGAAGCUUUAAUACAACUAAUUAAAUUUACAAUUAUGGAUACUUCUUGUAUAUUACGACUUAUGGUACAAAUGAAUGUAUUACCAUUAGCUCUUCAAAUUACUAAAAUAGCUGGAAACUUAAUGUCGAGAACUCUUAUUGGUGGACGUGCUGAAAGGAAUGAAUUUUUACUAUUGCAUGCUUUUAACGAAAAAGAUUUUAUUCUGCCAGAUAAACAAUACAAGAAAAAAACAAUUUCUAAAGAUGAAGAUGAUGUAAUUGGAGAAGGAGACAAUACCAAAAAAACUAGUCGUAAAAAAGCUCAGUAUUUAGGUGGUCUUGUACUAGAACCUAAAGUUGGUUUUUAUGAUAAAAUGAUUCUACUUAUGGAUUUUAAUUCCUUGUAUCCAAGCAUAAUACAAGAGUAUAAUAUAUGUUUUACAACUGUUAGUUUUCGAACUCUUCCUAAAACUGCUGAGGACGAAGAUGAAAUAGCUGAGUUAUUAAAAUUGACACCAAAUCAAACUUCAGCUCGUGGAAUUUUACCUGCUGAGAUAAAAUCUUUGGUUGAUUCACGAAGAGAAGUUAAAAAAUUAAUGAAUGAUCCAAAAAUAUCACCAAUAGUCAAAGAACAAUACAAUUUAAGACAAAUGGCAUUGAAACUUACUGCAAACAGUAUGUAUGGAUGUUUGGGUUUUGCUCAUUCACGUUUUUAUGCUAAACCAUUAGCUGCAUUAAUUACAGCUAAAGGUAGAGAAAUAUUGACUAGUACUAAAGAUUUAGUUGAAAAAUUAGCUUUUGAUGUUAUUUAUGGAGAUACUGACUCAUUGAUGAUUAAUUCAAAUUGUGUCGACUAUGAUCAAGUCAUGAAAAUUGGAUAUAAAAUAAAAGCGGAAGUUAAUAAAAUUUACAAACAAGUUGAAUUAGACAUUGAUGGAGUUUUCAAGUACAUGCUACUUUUAAAGAAAAAAAAGUAUGCUGCUAUUUCUAUUUCAAAAUUACCAUCAGGAGAUUUUAUCACUAAGGAAGAAAUAAAAGGUUUAGAUAUUGUCAGAAGAGAUUGGUCACAACUAUCUCAAGAAGCUGGACGGUAAUUUAAUUCAUUUUUUUU